AAAAGAUAGAUUACAAGCAUUGCUUUUUACUUGGAGAAACCCAGAAACAGGCAAGACAGGUUUCAGUGGUGGGUCAGGUAACAGGUGAGGAAUUAGGAACAUAAACCUUUAUUUUGCAUAAAGAUAUUCAAAUAGGCAAAAGUGAAAGAGAAGACGAGACCAAGGAGCUUUGAAACAACCAGACUGUGUAACUUUUACUGACAUGAUAUUUUAAAGGAGAAAUGAGCUUCAGUACAAGUAUGGAUGUUUUGAAGAUUUUAACAUUUAAUUUAAUGGAGGACUUGGUGAUUUUGCCUCUUAUGCUUAUCGCAUGUUGCUGGGAACAAAGAAAAGGAAUCUUCAUUGUUUUGUUGAUCUCUAAAAUAAGAGUGUGCAAUGGAGACCCAAAUAAUUUAGACCCAGGAAUGGAACCUAAAGCUGACGUUUCAGAUGGUUACAAAUCGUUAUGCAUUUGUGCAUUUGUGAUGUCUCUUAUUUGUUUUCUUAUAUAUCUUUACCUGUUGUAUAGAGAACAUAAACAAGAUCUUUACCUGCUGUGUAGAGAACGUAAACGAGGAAGGCAACAUCUGAUUCAAAAUUCAGAGUUAGAGGAAAUUAUAAGUGAGCCAGAUCAUAAAUGUACAAAGUGCUUAAAGCUACAAGAAGAAUUGUUUAAAAUUGUGAAUGAAGUAGAUCAUAAAUGUACAAAGUGCUUAAAGCUACAAGAAGAAUUGUUUAAAAUUGUGAAUGAAGUAGAGGAAAAGGGAAUCAUUCUUGACUCAGUGUGGAAUUCCUAUCUGGAAAAUGAAGUUGAUAUAAUCCUGCCCAGAGCAGAACACCUUGAGAUUUCAGAGUCUGCAGAUUCAUUACAUGUUAGGUUGCCACAAAGUACACAAGGACAAGGCAACUGGCCCUGCAUUAUAGGCAAUGCCUUGUCACCUGAAAGGAGUCACUACUGGGAGGUGGAAGUUGGUGAAAAAAGCAGCUGGGCGAUUGGAGUGGCAUCUGGGAGCAAAAAAGAGAGCAAAUGCAUUCCUGAUACUCCAGAAGGUGGAUUUUGGAUCAUUCAGCUGUGUAAGGGAAAGAGCCUUGAAGCUGUCUCCAGUAAAGUCAUUAGACUUCAAAAAGAAAAACCCAGGAAUGUGGGAGUGUACCUGAAUGGGAAUUACCUGUCCUUUUACAACGCAGAAAACAAACAACGCAUUCAAAGAUUUGAGAUUAAACAGUAUGAAAAAUUACAUCCAAUUUUUAGUCCAGGAUUACAUGACAGAGGUCCUCUGAUCAUCAAAAAAAGAGCAUAG